CCAUUUUGAAACGGUGAUUCCACAAUCCCAUUUUGCAGCGACUAAUGAUUCAUUUUUUUGUUUUGUUGUUAACUAAUUUAUAUAAAUGUUAUUAGUAAAUUUUUUAAGGUUUCUUUCAUGUUAAUCUCAAUUAAUCCCAUCAUCUGUUUAUAUCAUCUGCUAAUAAAUCAUCAAUGUGAUCAGUGAAGUUUAAAUCAUAAAAUUCAAUUCAAUAAGCUUGUCCAGAGUGUCAAAAGAAGUGUUCAAUGUAGAGGUGAAGGGUUGCAUCUGUCUUACCAAUUGUCUUUCAAUAACUGAAAAUCCACUUUCAGUUUCUCAACAAAUUAUUCAGAUUGCCUUUCUUCACAAAUUUAAAUAAAUCUUCCAUAAAGCUCACAAUUUAAACAAAAGUUUAAUCAAUCCAAGUCUUUCAAAUUAAACAUAAAUACAAAUGAUAUUGUUUUGCCAAUGAUGAUCAAAAACCUAUACUUAUUGUUUUACACGAUCGUCUGACUGAUCCAGUGACUAACUGUUUAUCUUACCUUUUCCCGGAUUGCCUCGGAUUGGUGUUGAUAAAGGAUAAAAUAUAAUUACAAUUGUCUUUCAUUUAAAAUCGUAAUUUAUUUAUAAUAGUUACCAACAAUCAUGGAGCAAAAAAUUUUGGACCAGAUAACCGAUAUUUGGUUUAGUGUUAAGGAAAAGACUAUUACAUGUUGUCCCGGUGUUUUUGGGGCAGAAGGAGAAACAAGACGUGUCAAUGAAGGCCAAGGAGCUCGAGGUGAACAUGAGUUGUCAGAUUUCAGAAGCUUCGAUAAGCCUGAUGUAAGGCCACCUGGGCAGAGUGAAUACGAUGAACUCGGAGAGCAUGGAUAUAAAGCAAAUGGAUCUAUUGACGUAGUUGAAGGUGAAUUCAAUGAAUAUGGUGGUGACCCAAGAAACAAAAUAUCAGCAUGGCAAGCAGGUUGGAAUGUAACUAACGCUAUUCAGGGAAUGUUUAUUGUGUGUUUACCCUAUGCAACUCUUCAUGGAGGUUAUUGGGCCAUAUUUGCUUUAGUUGCUAUUGCUUAUAUUUGUUGUUACACCGGCAAAAUAUUGGUUGCCUGUUUGUAUGAGGUCGAUGAAAAUGGCCAAUUGGUUCGAGUUCGAGAUUCUUAUGUAGCCAUUGCACAAGCUGUAAUGGGUGAAAGAUAUGGCGGAAAAAUAGUCAACAUAGCUCAGAUUAUUGAGCUUCUUAUGACAUGCAUCCUUUAUGUUGUACUUUGCGGUGAUUUGAUGAUAGCCUCAUUUCCAAGUAAUACUUUCGAUCAAAGAUGUUGGAUGAUGACUUCGGCAAUACUUUUGCUUCCAUGCGCCUUUCUUAAAGACCUCAAAUCUGUUUCAAUGUUAAGCUUUUGGUGUACAAUCGCUCAUAUUGUUAUUAACAUCAUCAUUUUUGGGUAUUGUUUUCUUCAGAUCGGUGACUGGUAUUGGUCAAAGGUUACCUUUCAUAUUGAUUUCCAAACAUUUCCAAUCACAGUAGGAAUCGUUGUAUUUAGUUAUACUUCACAAAUUUUCCUACCCAGUCUAGAAGGAAAUAUGGCUGAUCGAAGCGAAUUCAGUCAAAUGCUAGAUUGGAGUCACAUAGCUGCAGCGGCUUUCAAGGGUUUGUUUGCUUAUGUUGGUUUCCUGACUUUUGGUGAAGCAACACAGAAAGAGAUUACCAAUAACUUACCAACACAUGGAUUCAAAGCAAUUAUCAACAUUAUUCUAGUAGUUAAGGCUUUACUCUCAUACCCAUUACCAUAUUAUGCGGCUGCCGGUCUCAUUGAGACAGCCUUGUUCAAACGAAAACCUAAUGAGGAUAACCCACACGGAGUUGGAAGUCAGCCCUUUCCUACUUGCUGGGAACGAGAUGGUGAAUAUCGAGUUUGGGCUGUUUCACUGAGAGUUGUCCUUGUCUUGUCCACUUUAAUUGUUGCAAUAUCGAUACCUCAGUUUGCCCUUCUCAUGGGUCUAGUGGGUAAUAUUACUGGAACCAUGUUAUCCUUUGUAUGGCCCUGUUAUUUUCACAUGAAAAUCAAAUGGAAUGAAAUGGACACUCGAACAAGAGCCUGGGAAAUAUCCAUUAUUUGUAUUGGUCUUGUUUCUGGUUUCAUUGGAGUAAUCACUAGUUUCAACGCAUUAAUAGAUGUCUAUCAUCUACCAUUACCUUAUGCACCAGGUCAAGAAGUGAUAACAACUUGAAGAAUCUACAUUUUAUUAUUUGCGUUUUUUGUCCCAUCUUUUUUUUCUGUAUCGUUUGCCGUUGGAGUGAGGAAAACUAAGAUGUUCUCGAUUUUCUCAUUAAUCUCAUCUUUCAUCAUCACCAAUAGUCCAUAGAAACAACUUCAAACGGUCACUUAAAUUGUCAGGUUGGUUCAAUCAGUUUGAUGCUUCAAAAGUGAUUAGGUGAGAGAAUCUACAAACACAGCUCUUUGAAAGUAUUUAAAUGUUAAAUUGUUCAACACAUAGUAACUUUCAGGUUUAUGUGAUUCCCAAAAGUGGUUGAUUUUAAUUACAAGUGCUAAUUUGCUUUUAGAAAGGGUUGUUUUUGUUGGCUCAGAUUUUGAUGAUCUUAUGAAAUCUUAUCUGAUCCAAGCAAAUAUAAACAUUGAAGGAUAGGCGUAAUUUAAACCAUAAACUCGACUUGUUUUAAACAAAACUACGAAAAGGUUGAAUAACUUUUAAAAGCUUAAAAAAUAAUACGAGUUCAUUUGAGAAGGAAUUUGUGACAGAUCUUGCGAAUGUGACUUUACAUAUUAAACCCAACUAUUGAUACCUAACCAUUUUAAAUCAAUCAUUUUUUGAUUAGAAGAAAAAAUCAGUCUUUCAUUGAAAUAAUCACUUUCAGCUUUACCAAUCAAAUAACAUAAUCUAAUUUUUCUUUCGACAAUAUUGAUCGCUAACCAAAAGUCUUUCGUUGUUGUGAUAAAAUAUUCGAAGGAAAACAACUUAGCUCAUGUCUUUCAAUUGAAACUAUUUGUUUCAAUCAAGUCUUUCAAUGAUUAAAAAUUUGACCACAACAAAAUAUUUUACAAAAAAAGGUUUCAUUUCUUAUAUUAUUAGAAAAGAAACCAAGUCUUUCAUCUUUACUUAAACAUGUAACUGUGAGUUGGUCAAAAAAAUCAAAUUAUACUUCUGACGAUUUCAAAACAUCAUUCAGUUUAUCGUCUAGUUCAAUCAUUCCAAAAGCCAAAAGCCAAAAGCCAAAAAUCAAUUAUCAUAAUAAGAGUGACAAAUCAAUUUGUAAACUAAAACAAUCCAAUAAUGUUAAUUUAUGUUUGUAACCCUAAUUUUUUUGUAAUCUGACAAUUCAGAUUCAAUCAGUGUUUGAUUUUCAUUAUAAAAUCUCAUCUAAAACUGACAAAAGUUGAAUAAAAUAUAACUAAUGAUUAAAAAAGUC